ACACCGCAGCAGCAGGACCUGCUCCAGCCGCACUCGGGGAUGGACGCCGCCCGGCGCCCCGCGGCCGCGCUGCUGCUGCUGGCGGGUCUGGCGGCGGCGGGGGAGCCCGCAGCGAGCCGCAGCGACCGGGCGGUGGGAGCCCUGCUGGGGCUGCUGCUGUGCCUGGCCGUGGGGCUGGCCCUGGCCUGGCGGCACCUCUGCCGCCUGUCGGACGGCCGCUACCACCCCCGGCCCGCGGGACGCCGCGCCCUGGCCGUGCUGCGGGGCCGAUGGAGGCAGCUGCGGGGCCGGGAGAGCGCGGCCGAGCCCGACGGGGAAGGGGACGAAGCCCCGGAAGCGGAGGAGCUGAUGCCGUGGGGCGCGGAGAGGCAGCAGCGCCAGGAGGAAGAAGAAGAGGAGGAGGAGGAGGAGAAGGAGGAGGAGGAAGGCGGAGAGGAAGCGGCCCCGCAGGAGGAGGAGGAGGAGGAGAAGGAGGAGGAGAAGGAGGAGGACGAGGAGGAGGAGGAGGAGGAGCAGCGCCCGGCGGAGCAGCCCCACGCACUGCCCGGCGACGCGCACAGCCUCGCGGGGACGGCGGCGUGGGGCGAUGCGCGGCCGCACGACAGCACCGCGCUGUGAUGGGCACCGCCCCAAUAAAGCACUCAACGCUC